GCAGCUCUUUAGCAGGAGAGCUUCAGUCUGUGUGAAUCAGCUGGUAGCAGGAGAUCAGCUGGGCCUCACCACCGAUUCAUGCCCGCGUCAUGUCGCUGAAGAACGGGAACACCGUGGAGAGGCGCAUGGACCUGGCCUCGCUCUUCUGCAUGAUCGGCCGCCACGGACCCGCCGUGGCUCUGGCCGUGAUCGCCGUGGUGUCGGUACUGGCGGGGUUCGUCCUCUACCGGACCGUGAGAGGGAAGCGGAGGAAGGCCAGGGCCGGAGGGGACGGUAGCUCCGGGGAGGAGCGGGACGCAGGGCUGGUCCAGACCGAGGAACCGGAGGAACCGGAGGAACCGCGGAGCCCCACGGAGGAACCGCGGAGCCCCACGGAGGAACCGCGGAGCCCCACGGAGUCGACAGAUGUGGGUGAAGGAUCAUCAGAUGAUGAACUUAAAAUCGGACAUUGUUCCACCGCUGAGCAGAAACCUCCACCUUCUCCUCCAGCUGAGAACAACCUGCUACCAGACAUCUCUUCAGCUGUUCAGGACGAAGUAGCAGAGAACAAUCGGAGGAGGGAAACGUGCACGGUGGCUGGAGUGGAGAAUGAUGGUUGGAACCAGGGGGACGCUUUAAGGGACGCCGAUGAAGAUGGUCGCAGGUUGAAGCUCCAGCUGACUGAUAAGGAGAGCUACGUAGAGGAAGAGAAGGUGCUGCCAGCAGAGUGCCAGGAAGAUGUGACUGCAGAUAAAGAUUCUUACAAUGAAGACAACCUUCAGAACGUCUUGGAGAAUCCAGUCUGCUGUGAACAGAAGCUUCAUAUGAGUGAAAACGGAGGGGGAGAUGAUGAAGCCACAGAGCAUACCAAUAAAACGGAGUCCCACUUGGAAGAACUUGUCGUCCAUAUCGAAGAUAUUCGUGUCUGUUACAGCAAAGAUCCAGAGAAUCCUCAUCCAGAAGAUACUAGUCACUCUAAUUAUUACAGCGAUGAUCUCCUCUCUCCAGAGGAAGAAGGUGAAAAUGAGGUAGAAGAUGACCAAGUGAUCGCUCAACCAGCUGAGAUGGUAUACUCUACAUCAGAACAAGAAACCAACCAGUCUGAGGUUCUGUCCAGUCAGAACAGUGAUCAGGAUCAUGAAUGUGGUCAAACCAGUGAAGAGAGUCAAGAUGUACAGGAAGACCUUCUGAGCAAUCUUCCAGAUGUUCACUUCGAUGCCCACAUGCUACAACAACAUCUGCAGAUUGAACAAAACAAUGGAGAAGGUCUUACCUGGAAUGAAGAGGAUCAUGUUGUUGAAGGUGAAGUGCUGAGUGAUAGUUCAGCUAAAGUGAAAGAAGAAGAAGAAGAAACCACCCCAGUGUUGGAUAAAGAUGCUGUUCUUGAUGUUCCUGCUCCUGAUUUGACGUCUCUGAAGGAAGAACUUCAGAGUGAAAAGAACCAAGGAAGUGUUGCCCAAGAAGGUAAUCUGCCGUCUUCUCAGCUGGAACAAUGUGAUGAAGUGACAGCAGAAGAAAGUGAUCAGAAUGAUGGUGGUCUGAACAGUAAAACAACAAAAGACAUGAAUGAAAUCCAUUUGAAGAAUCUCACUAAUGUCAGAUUUGACUCCUCCACACUACAGCAACAACUGCAGACUGAACUACAGAGUGAUCUCACUUCCAGUCAGCAGGACAGUGUUGUGAAAGAGGAAAUGCUGACUUCUGUGGAUGAAGAACCAGAGCCAGAGAAGACUGAUGGCAUGUGUGGUACAACAGUUGAACCCAGAUGUGUGGAUUUCCCUGAACUGUCAUCAGAUUUUCCACCAUCAGUAGAAGAAGAUGAAGCUACACCAGCUUUGGAUAAAAAUGCUGAUCUUAGUCCUCUCAGCUUGGAUGUACCGUCUUUUGCAGAAGAAAUUCAAAGUGAAUGGAAGGAAAGUGAUACAGCUGUAGUGUUGGCUGAAGAAACUGUUGAUAAGGUUAUGUCCUCUUCCUCCAAAGGCCAACAAAGUGACCCUAUGGAUAAUGAAGAAUCAUUGGAAAGGAUGGGAGAUCAGGCUGCCCUGUCUACAGAAACCUCUCAUCCUGACAUACCAUCCACCGUCCAAGACAAACAAAAUGACCAAAAUAAUGCAGACCUUCCUGAGGUUGGCGCUAGUGCUGCUCCUGUCAAGAAUAAACCUCCCCUUUCAUCCAAUCAGGACAUGUUUGGCCACGAGGUUGAGGACAGUUACAACAGAGCCAUGGACCAGUUUCUGGAGGAGAUGGCAGCCAAAGUUAAACACAACGAGAAGAAAAAGCAGAUAGAUGUAAAAGCUGUUGAGACUAAGGAGGAAGGAGCAAAGGAGAAGGAAGAGGACUAUGAAAAGACUGAAAUCAGUAUCAUGGAGGCAACUAUGGAUAAUAAUGAAUGGAUCACAGAUGGAAACUACCAAGUCCUGCCCUGGAUGAACUUUUCUGUCCCCUCUUUUAUCCAAAACCACACAAAAACUGAACCAGUUCCCAGAGAAGAACCUCUCCACAGCUCUUUUCUUGCAGAAGCUCCGUGUAUAGAUGCAGUUAUCCCACUUCCUGUCGUUGAACAAACCAACACCGUCUCCCUUCUAGACGAAAGCUUGGAAAAUGGCAAAAAGGUGGUGGCAGUCCAGCCCAUGCCCCAGAACGUCAACGUGAUCUUCCGUAUCCACUAUCACACCCACUCACCUUACCAGAAGGUGGCUGUUACUGGGAACCAGCAGGAACUGGGAAACUGGAAGGAGUUCAUCCCGUUGGAAAGAGCCGAGGACGGGCUGUGGUCCAGCGUGGUCAGCCUGCCUGCAGAGAGCCAUGUGGAGUGGAAGUUUGUGGUGGUGGAUAAAGGAGACGUCUGUCGCUGGGAGGAAUGUGGAAACCGUCUGCUGGAUACCGGCAGUGGAGAUGACCUGCUGGUGCACAGAUGGUGGGGAAUCUUAUAGAGAUCUGAGGAAGAUGUGGGACUGGAUACUGGACCAGGUUGAGUCAAAUAUAUUUACUCAUCAGUAAAUUCUAUUGAGUCAUGAUUUGCUUAAUCUAUGGGUCAAAAGAUGUCAGGAGAGCUAGCGUUAAAACUGGGUUAGAUUUGGUUGAAAUACACAUUUUCUACAUGUUUAGGUUGCUUAUAUCACCAGUUUUAAACUUUUUUGAUUGUUUUUUUUUUUGCCAUUUUUCAAGCUAGAAAAGUCAAGUAUUAGCAGUUAUUGAUACUUUAGGUUUUCUGUUAUGCGUUUCUCUGUUUAAUUUAAUUGAAAAUGAAAAACCUUUAAAAUGUUGAGGUGUUACCCUGGGUUAUCAGUACUUGUGAUGGGCAUUUCACUACUGAAUAUUUUAUUUUCUAAGGUCUUAUCCACAUGUUUCUUUUGAAAUUCAUCUUUUUCUUUGCAUUUUGGUCUUUUGUUCAUGUGGUAAGGCAGUUUUCAGUCACUGAUUUUGGGUAAUUUUCAUGAAAACAAACUGAUUUUAACCUUAAGCCCAGUUCUAACCUAGUUACAGUAAACUGGUGACAUUUCCAACCACUGAAGUUCCCAACAGCUUUUAACAGGGAUAGAACAAUCAUCUGAUGGACUUUUCUUUAAGGACUUCCUCCUAAUAACCAGCGGUUCAUUGGAUCUUUCAGGGAACUGGACAGAAACAUCACAUUAACGUCUUCCUUUUCAUUUCCUCUUGUAGAAGUAUCUCUGUUUAUGCAAACUGCACCUCCUUUGAAGUGGUGAUUUUCAUGUAAGAGUUUAAUUUGUAUGAACUUUUAUUCUACUGUCCAUAUGCUGCUUAAAUACGCCCAACAAUCUGAGAAUAAAUGCACAUAGUUCACUUUUACUGCAGCAAUAAUUACAGCAAUAACUGUUGUGUCCUGUCUGACUGGUGUCUAUCAGGUUCUCUGGAUUUACCACUAAACUGUGAUAUUGUUGUGACUCUGAUGCUGCUUUUAAUCUGGUGGGACUCAUGCAUGUAGAUUAUCCCACUGUCAUUCUAAAUGUGCCUUAAAUGUGAUUUUUCUAUUCCUGUCUUUGUUGGACUUCACCUGUUUCACUGCAGGUUUAAUGGAUUAUUCACACUGAGUCUCAAAUGAUCAUUUUGGGUUUUAGUUCUUUAAAAAUAGACUUCUGUGUCUCAGAUUGUAUCAGUAACUUAAUAUGCAAAACUGUGAUGAUAAUGCUCCAAAUGAAUGUUAUUAAAGUGGAAUAAAAUAA